GUAAUUUGUUUUCACACAAACCGCAGUCGGCGUUUGGCUAUUAUUUGAGUAACAGUACGUAUACCUGGCUAGAAGCAAGCGGCUAUAGAGACGACAUGCGCGGGUCGUACGAGUUAUACGUUUUGAUUGUGACAUUGACACUGGUCGCGAACCACGCCGGCAGUGUCGUACUGGACCUUGGCCACGGGUACCGGCAUAACGUGACAAGCUGUUGGGUGCCUGGGGUGUAUUUCAACGUUUUCGACGUCGUGGAAAACGGUGACCCCGACAACGGCACCUGGUACACCGCGGAACAGUUUUCCACACCCGAACACUGUGGAACUCACAUGGACGCUCCCUAUCACUUUUAUAAACAAGGUUGGAAGCUGGGCGAUAUCCCGUUGGAACGGUUCGUCGUAGAAGGCGUGCACGUUAACGUUACUCACCAAGUGAAUGGGAAUCCCGACUUCAUGUUGAACGUGGAUCACUUGAGAAAAUGGGAACAAGUCAACGGCGCGUUCCCUAACAAGUCGGUUGUAUUGAUAAACUUUGGUUGGUCGGACAAGUUUGGCGAUCGACUUGAGUACUACAAAAGUAGCACAAGUUCGGACAGACGAUUUCCCGGAUUGUCUGCCGAAGCGGCUCAAUGGAUCGUCGAUUCCGGUAAAUUCGUCGGCUUAGGAGUGGACGGUCCAAGUACGGAUGCCGGGAUUUCUUCUACUUACCCAGUUCACAAAAUACUUUCCAAAGCCAACAUGUACAGUCUGGAAAACGUAGCUCUCAACGGCACCUCAUUGCCGGCCAGAGGAUUUAAACUAGUCGUACAACCGAUUAAGAUAUUGGACGGCACCGGCGGGCCUUGCAGGAUAUUAGCAUUCACGGAAAACAAAUUCGAAUGAAUUUUUUUAUGUUAAAAACCGGUUAUAAUUAUCGCCAGAAAUACUCAGCUGUACAAUGACUUUAGUAAGUCAGAUUAAAACUCUAUUAUGAGUAAACUGUAUCUAGGUACUUUGAUUUGAAAACGAAACGCUAUCGAAUAAAACGUUUGGUGCCUUAUA